AUGGCACCGCCGCUGCCCGUCCCAGUUACCGUCGCCUCCAACAGCCGCCUCCACAAGCGCGACGACUACGACGGGCCCAACCUUGCCGUGCUCAUCCCCGUCAUCGUCAUCCUCACCCUCAUAGCCGUCUUCUUCUUUGGCUGGCUAGGCGUGCCUUGGUCCAAAAUCAUGGCAUGGUGGAAGCGCAAGCGCUCGCGCACAGCCGCGACCUCCAAGGACCACCACGACCACGACCAAGAGUUGCAACACCAAAGCCCAUCUGGCCGCGCCGAGCCGCAGCCGCAGCCGCAACCGCAGCCGGGCUCGCGCCUGUCCUACGCAAAGGCCUUUGAGCGGAGCCACAUCGAUGCUCUCAAGCUGCCCAGCGUUGGCGCCGACCCCAAGCCCAAGAGUGCCAAGGAACCCAGCAAGCGCGUCAUGGAGGGAGAAGAGGCAAACCGCCCACCUACUCGAGCGUCGACCGAGGCGCCGCCAAGCGGUUCCCUCACGCCCGACUUGGCCGCGGGCCAGAUGACGCCCGGGCAGCAGAGCACGCUCAGUGCCGUGCCUGAGAGGAGAGCCUCGCCCUGGGACCCUACGAGAAAUCCCGAUUGA